AUGACAAGACCAACUUACUGUGCAGUCCUUGGCUGUCCGUCGGUGUCAAUAAAAGACAAAAGGAUUCGAUUUUUUAAGUUUCCAAAAGUUUCAAAGAAGUUUGGCGAUACUGGGAAGCUUUGGAGAGAAUUCACUAGAAAAAAAGAAUCAAAAAGCUUACUAUUGAGAUUCUGUAGCUUACACUUUGCACCAGAAUGCAUAAAAUAUGGUCCAAAAGGAAGAACAACAAUAAAGAAGGGUGCUGUACCAACAAUUUAUUAUAAGGAUGGAAAUAAAGUUGUGGUCCCUUACAACGCGGACUUUCAAAAAUACUACGGACCAGAAGCUGAAAAUCUCUACGAAGAAACUGAAAAAGCAUGUGUGAAUCACGAAAAGGAACUGAUAAAUUUAAGAUACAAAAAGGUUUGCGACUUAAAAAGUCUCUGUCGAUUUUGUUUUAUGAACCGAAAGGAAUCGACAUGCAUCGAAAUGUCAGCACUUGUUAACUACUCAAUUGAUCCUAAUGACAUAAUUAAAGCAGUGGGCAAUGAAACUCCAUUCAGUCCAAAGUUCAGUGAGCUUAUUUGCGAGAAUUGCUUCCUCAAUAUUCUAGAAGUUGAAAAGUUUAGGAAAAAAUGCAGCGAGAAGCAGCAAGAAAUGCUGAAAGAGCUUGAUGAUCUUGACAAAAAGAUCCUACAAGUUAAACAAAGUAAGCGAAAGUCCAGUGUCUCUAUAACUCCAUGGUAUCAAGUAGAAAUCAACAAGGAACCAGACGAGUUCAAAGAUUCAAUGAUUUUUAAUUCCAUCACGUCUGACAUGGCUCCAUUAAAUCAAAGUUUUAAGGAUGAUGAAACUGAAAUCUCACAAGUGAAUAUCAAGCAGGAACCAGAGACUAUGCAGAAUGAUUCUGAUGAUGAUUUCAAUAAUUUUGAUGACAAUGGAGCUGCAAACUAUGACAGUGAUGAUGGAUCUGAUGAUUUUGCAUUGAGCACUUAUAAGCCUAAUGGUUCAGUUGAAGUUUCUACUGAAACAAAGGUUGAAGUGAAGCAUGAAGAAGAUCUGGAGAUCUCCGGGACAUUGGAUGAUAAAGAACGUCGCAAAACCCCAAAAAGGAACGACAAACCGAAGCCUCAGAAAUCUCCAAAACCAAAACUAGGAUCACAAGUCAAAAGCAGACGUGAAACACUUCAAGAUAAAACCUACGAGUGCUUCUUCUGUCGCAUCAAAAUCCUUGGCAAGCAAAAUGUCCGUACCCACAAAUGUCCAGCACGAUAUCGAGAUUGUGAAGUUCCUGGAUGUGGCAAGCGACUCAAAAAUCAAGGAAAUUACUCAAAUCAUUUGAUUAAAACCCAUGGACUGCCGAAAGUAUGUGCUCAUUACUGUCCAGGAUGUAGAACUUACUAUCAAAUGAACACGUUCCAGUUCCAAGAUCAUACGAGGAGCUGUGAGAAGAACAAGGAUCUUCCAGAUGAGGAAAUAAAAUGUGAAACGUGCAGUAAAGUUUGUAAGAAUCUUGAAGCUUAUACAGCACAUAAAUUAUUCCAUGGAACUACGAGUCUAAUUGAGACAACCGAUGAGACAGGCAAGAAAGUCUUUAAGAAGCCACAAACACAAAAGGAGAGGAUCUGUGACUUGUGUGGUAAAGUUUUCUCAGACAGUGAGACUCUUAGGAUGCAUAAAGUCAAUGUCCAUUUAAUUGAUUUCACUGGACAGAUGUACUAUUGUGACUUAUGUCCAGUCAAAAAGCCUACAAGACGAUUGAUAUUCGAUCAUAUGAAGUCUGUCCAUAUUAUUGACUGGCACCGAUGUCCAACAUGUGGAAAAGACUUUAAAUCCAGAAGACUUCUUGCACGGCAUAUCCUUUACAUGCACGAGCGUCAUAGACUCAAUAUUCGAUGCAACAUCUGCCCAGAUAAGCCUGGAUUCUCAGCUAAGAUUUAUUUAGAGCAGCACAUGAGGAAGCAGCAUGGAGAAAGUGCAGCAGCUCGAGUCGGACGAUUUAAAUGUGAUUUUGGAUUCUGUGAAGCUUCUUAUGCAAGUCAAAAGACACUUGAACAGCAUAAGUUUAAGAUGCAUCAAUAUUAUCAAUAUUAAUAAAGGCUCAAAUGUAUAAAAUAGUAAAAUUUUCG